AUGUCCCCCAUCUUUGCAUCACUUGCCAUCCUUCUCCUGAUUUCCGCCGGCGCUGCCGGAGCCUUCCCGGCGCCGGUACUCGACAUCGACGGUAAUGUACUCGACGUCGGCACUCGCUACCACAUAAUGCCGGUCGUGAAGGACAGAUUCGGCGGCUUAUACUCCGGUCGCCGCAACGACAUGUUCUGCCCCAUGUACAUCCAACAAGCUCCCUACGCUAUGCUUGAAGGAAUUACUGCCAACUUCGUGCCAGUCGACGGCUCCAAAACCAUCCGUCUCUCGACCGACAUGAACGUCGAGUUCUUCGAGUCCAACCGCUGCCCUGAGCAGCCGAUCUGGACCUUGGCUCCGCCGGACGCUGCAACGGGCAUGAGAUACGUGAAGUACGGCGGGGUGUUGGGGAACCCUGGUCCGAACACGGUGAACAAUUGGUUCAGGAUAGAGAAAUCAGGGGACAACUACAAGAUGGUCUUCUGCCCCGGCGUCUGCAAGGCGUGCAAGGUUCCUUGCAGAGAUCUGGGCGUCCAUGCCGAGGGCAAUGAUCGUUGGUUUGUUUUAGGUGGCCGGACUUUCGCCGUCAAGUUCAAGAAGCAGUGA